ACCAGUAUGCGCAUUGCUGUGUCAUUCAGCCAUGUUAUAGAUUUUUUCAACAAAGUUCUAAAGAUUGAAACGUACUUUUCUCGCCAAAUCCGAUAGAAGCUCAGUAUUUCUUCAACAAAAACACGGCUCAAUGAAAAUGAAAGGAGACGUAGAAAUGAAGGAGGAAAAGUCUUCAAAGGAAGAAAGUAUUAACGGGAAUGGCGAGACUCCAAAAGCAGAACUUUCCGUAGAGGAGAAGGAAAAACUUAUCCUUGAAGAUAUGAAAGAGCACGUAAAGUGCAUAGAGAAGGCUGUAUCUGCCAAGGAACCAAGGUUUAUGCUGAGAGCAAUGCGAGCCAUCCCAGGAACAAGAAAGAAGUUGAAGCACUCUAUUCUGAGGAAACUUAUUUGUGGCUACAUGCCUAUUGCAUCUUCAAACAGAGACAGCCUUUUAGCUUAUCUAGAUGAGCCCAUGGAUACAGAAGAGAGUGGACUUGCCUUCCGGCCCCGCAGUGCCAAGGCUGCAAGCCUCCCCCUUUUACCUGAGCUAGACACCUACUUCCAUCUAUUGAUUGUUAUUCAUCUUCUGGACACUAAGUGUUAUAACAAGGCUUUAGAGUGCUCUAAUGAUCUGAUGCAAAAGACUCAAGGAAUGAACAGGCGUUCCAUGGAUGCCUUGCUUGCAAAGUGCUAUUUUUUCCACUCAAGAGCAUAUGAGGUCACUGAUAGGCUCAAGGAUAUCAGAAGCUUCCUUCACAGUAAGCUGAGGACAGCAACACUUCGCCAUGAUGAUGAAGGACAGGCCUCCUUACUUAACUUGCUUUUGAGGAACUAUCUGCACUACAAUCUCUACGAUCAGGCAGACAAGCUGGUGUCAAAAUCUUCAUUCCCAACCACUGCUUCGACUAAUGCAUGGGCCCGUUAUCUUUAUUACACAGGUAUUAUAAAGGCCAUUCAGUUGGAUUACACCGAAGCACACAAGAAUCUCCUUCAGGCAAUAAGAAAGGCACCACAAAACUUUGCUUAUGGCUUCAAACAGACAGCCCAUAAGUUUGCCAUUGUGGUGGAGUUAUUGCUUGGUGAGAUUCCAGACAGGGCAAUCUUCAGACAGCCCUUCCUGCGCAAGACACUUAUGCCUUACUUCCAACUGACAAAAGCUGUCCUGAAUGGAGAUCUAAAGGUCUUCAAUCAAGUUGUUGAGAAAUUCAAAGAGCGCUUCUUGGAGGAGAAGACAUACACGAUUAUUAUCAGACUACGCCAUAAUGUCAUCAAGGCUGGCGUUCGCAUGAUAAAUCUCUCCUACUCAAAAAUCUCUUUUGUUGACAUUGCCCAAAAGCUACAACUGGACAGCCCUGAAGAUGCAGAGUUCAUUGUGGCAAAGGCUAUUCGUGAUGGGGUCAUUGAAGCCUCAAUAGACCAUGAGAAGGGAACUGUUCAGUCCAAGGAAAACGUGGAUAUCUACUCAACAAACGAGCCACAGGGUGCAUUUCACCAGAGGAUUAGCUUCUGCUUGGAUAUCUAUAACCAGUCAGUCAAGGCCAUGCGCUUCCCCCCUAAAUCGUACAGCAAGAACUUGGAAUCAUUUGAGGAACAAAGGGAGAGAGAGAAACAAGAUAUGGAACUUGCAAAGGAGAUGGCUGAGGAAGAUGAUGACUUCCCCUAAGAAUGCUAGGGAAUUUGUGUGUGUUUGGGUGGAUUUUGUGCAUAAUAAAGAAAUAGAGACAUGA